ACCAAUUCUUUUUGUGAUGUUGCUAUGGAUAUCUCUUUUAUUGAAUUGAAUGUUUUGAUUGGUUUGUUUUGUUGUUGGGAGGGAGAAGUGGCGGUUUGAGCAGCGACAGUUCAUCACAAUUUUCAGUGGCUUUCAUCGGUUGGAAAUUUUAUCGCUAAAAGUUUCGCAAAUAUAUUGGUUAUCACUGGAUAGUCUCGUCUCAAAGAUCAUAUUUUGAUGUGGAAGACGACAUUUAUUUAUCGACAGUUUAUAAGCGAUGGAGACAAGAUGCAAAGUUAGAUACAAUCUUGAGGAAGCUUUGCAGUACGUGGUAACACCCGGGUCUGACUCAGAGAUUUCCGAUCUAGAAGAUGAUGAUGGUGAAGAUCUAGAUAAAAUACAGUUAGAAAGGGAACCAUGCCAAGAAGCCUCUGUCAUGUCUGAUAAUUGUGAAAUUAUCGAGGAUGGAAUUGAAGAUGCAAGCCAAAGUGAUGAGGUCAACAGCGGAAAAGAAGGAAACAGUAGUGCAGCAACAAAGAAGCACUCUUAUCGUUGGAGUAGCCGUAAGCCACCAGUGACAGAUGCUACUUUUAGCGGCCCACAGUUUAGCUUACCUCCUGACAAUUUUGAUCAGCUUACUCCACUAUGGUAUUUUAACCAGUUCUGGGAUGAUACCAUGACCAAUCAGCUGGUAGAGCAAACAAACUUGUAUAGUGUCCAAAAGACUGGUACAAAUAUACUGACCCACAAAAAUGAAAUUGAGCAGCUAAUAGGGAUCCAGUUGAAGAUGGGCAUAGUAAAAAUGCCAAAAUACAAUAGUUAUUGGGCAGGUGAGACAAAAUACUCUCCUAUUGCUGAUGUUAUGGCGUUAAACAGAUACAGAAAGCUAAGACAGUUUCUUCAUGCAAAUGAUAACUCUGAGAAGGACAAUCCAGAGAGUAAAGGCAACAAGCUGUACAAGAUUGAUCCAAUUCUUCAAUCUUUGCGUGAAAAUUGCCAAAAAAUUGAGCAGGAAGAGUUCCAAUCCAUCGACGAGCAGAUUGUCCCUGCCAAGACAAAGUUUAGUGGGAUAAGACAAUACAAUCCUAAAAAACCCCACAAAUGGGGCUUCAAGAAUUUUGUGAGAGCAGGUCAGAGUGGAAUGAUUUAUGACUUUUUCUUUUAUACUGGAGCUGCUAGUGCUGGAGGUGAAAAAACCUCUGCAAAAAAUGUUGUCUUAAAGCUCUGUGAGAAUGUCUUGACUGGUUGCAAUUAUAAAGUUUUUUUUGACAAUUGGUUUGCAACGUUAGAUCUUUGCCUGGUUCUCAAGGAAAGGGGCAUUUUAACGACAGCCACUAUCAGAAAUAAUCGUCUUGCUGGUUGUACUCUGAAAAGUGAAAAAGAGAUGAAAAAGGAUGGAAGAGGCAGCUUUGGGUUCAAAACAGACCAGAAUACUGGGAUGGUUGUCUUGCGCUGGUUUGACAACAAGUGUGUUACACUUGUGUCAACAUACCUCAAUGUUGAUGAAACAGUAAAUGUUAAAAGAUGGAAUUCAUCUAGUAAAACACAUGUAGAUGUUACCUGCCCAAUGAUUGUCAAGGCAUACAACACAUCUAUGGGGGGUGUGGACCUGGCAGAUAUGCUGAUAGCAUUGUAUAGAUGCAAGAUAAAAACCAAACGAUGGUAUCUUGUAAUCCUUUUUCAUGCAGUUGACAUUGCAAAAGUGAAUGGCUGGUUACUCUACAGAAGAUUUUGCUCUCAAAUGAAAGUACCUUCAAAAAAACAAUUGCCCCUUCUGACUUUCACAGCCAAAAUUGCUGAAAGCUUGACAAAAGCAGGAAAGGCACUGACCAAACCAUCAGUCGGCAGACCAAAAAGGAGUUCAUCCCAAAUGUUUGAUGAACAUCAACCGAAAAAGGGGAGAGCUCCAAAAACUGUCCUUCCAGAUCCUGAUUCAAGAUAUGACCAGCUGGGUCACUGGCCUUACUAUGAUGAGAAGAAAAAUAAAUGCAGGCUUUGCAAAACGGGCUACAGUCGUGCAUACUGUGAAAAAUGUAAAGUGUGCUUGUGUCUCACUUCCAAUAAAAACUGUUUUCGCGACUUUCACAAUUUGUAAUAGAGUCAAUUUAGAACACUUUAGAACAGUACUAUUUAGUGGAUUUUAGCUCUGAUUUACUGCUUUUGCAUGGAUGUAUGAUGUUUAUAAUGUUCUGUUGAUUUUAUGAAACAUAUCUAUUUUUGUGUUUUCACCUUUGAUGUCCAUAGUUGCCAUACGGCAACCAUUAAAAAACAAUAGAAUAUAAUAAAUUUUUGAAAAAAAAAAAUAAUUUUCAUUUUUAGAUAUGCAUUUAGAGUGUAAAUUACCAGAAGAAUAAUUUUUUCAAAUGAAUUUUGAAUAAUUGGACAGUAAAGGGUUAAGGAACUUUUUUAAGCUGCAUUUUGUAAACAAACAAUUUAAUUGUAAAUAAAACAUGAACCAAAAAUUUGUUGACAAUUGCUGACUAUAUUUGAACUUGCCGUACCUUCAAGAAUAAUCUGUUGAUUUUUCGUUUCAGUAUCUUGCAUAGUUUCAGAGAAAAUCGCAUUCAUACAAAGAUAAAUCAAGAUUUUUUGUUUCAUAUACAAAAACCCUAAAUCUAAGGGUUUACUUUGUACUGUUGAGAUUUUACAAAAAACUAUAACACAAGGAACUAGAAAAAGUCAAAAUGAUCAAUUAAAAAGUCAACCACACCAGAAAAACAAGUUUUUGAGACAAUUAAAAACAUUUUUGAGUUCUCUAAUGUGGAUGAAAGUUUGAAAUUACAAAGUUUUUAAGGGAAUUUUUAAGCUGCAUUUUGAAAA